AUGACGGUACAGUCCAAGGAGACGGCCUACACCAUGGAAUAUCCAUCUGAGAAGUUGAACUUUCGUGAACACUUCUCCUCAUUGUUGCUGAGUGGCGACCUGCCCUUGACCCUGUUGGAACUGGGCAGCCUGGGAGGUCUGGUGGCUGCUGCCUGGCUGCUGCCUUCCGAGAAGGUGGACGUGAAGGGCUCCUGGAGCCUGAAGGAGUUGGCCGCCUUCCUCUGCACCAAGGCAGUGGUGACCCGGGUCUACAACACCUACUUGGAAGCCGUCUUCUUCAGCUUCCCACAAUUCCGCACGCAGCCGUCUCGAGAACACGCUCUGAAGAACAAGAAGGAUUUGUGUGGCCGCGACAUGCAGGAAUUGCAGACGAUCAUCUACCAUGACAGGCUCACCUUAAUCAGCCAAUUUGCCUUCAAUGUGGGGCUGUACUACGCCAUCCCCGGCUAUUACCCGGCCAGCUCGGUGGCUGCGCCGUUGCGGGAACGCGCUGUGCGGUUGGUGGCCAACCACUACCUGAUGUCCUUCGGGAUGUAUUGGAUGCACCGGGCCCUGCAUGUGGUGCCAUGGCUCUGGGAGAAGAUCCACUCCUACCACCACUGGGCCAAGCAUCCCCUGUCCCGCAACACGUAUGAUGAUCACUGGUUGGAUAACCUGGGCAAUGCGGUGAUUGGGCACUUUUGUGCACAAGUGCUUCUUCCUCUUGAUCGCGGCAGCUUCUGGUUCUCGCACCUCAUCCGCAUCUUUGAGAGCUUGGAGAAGCAUUCUGGCGUGAGCUGCAGCUUGAACUUGGCCCACCAGCUACAGAGGUUCCUGCCCUUUGCCCAGAUGCCGCAUCAUCAUGACUGGCACCAUGAGGGCCACAAGGGCUGCAACUACACCUUCACGUCCAUUGGCGGCUUGUGGGACUGCAUCUUUGGCACCAGGAAGGUGGGGAGGGCACCUGAGAUCAUGGCUUCGCAGACCACCCUGAUGGACCAAUGGCAGGGAAAGAAAGCAGGAAGGGCCAGGAGCUUGAUGGAUCAUCCAGUGCUAGUCCUCACACCUGUUUUUACGGUGGCUGCUUUGGCUUUUGCCAAGCUUCAUCGUGAGAACUACUCCCUGGUGAUGGACCAGUAA